AUGGCGAACAACGAGUUCACCUCUCAGCAUGACCUGCGGGAGAAGCUUCACAAGGUGAUUGAAGAGACCAAACUUCUCUCACAAGACACAAAGGGGAUCAUAAAGGAUUUGACCCAAAUAGCAAACGGAAGUUACCAGGGCAGCGGGUCAGGAUCGCAACGACACAAAAUAGAAUCUCGGAAACUUUCAGAUGAUUUUCAGAAAGCCCUUCAGAGAUUUCAAGAGGUGGUUCGCACGACCCUCCAGAAGGAGCGAGAGAGCGUGGCGAGGGCAAAGCAAGCGAGGGAAGCAGACGAAGAGGACGAGGAGCGCGAGGGGCUGUUGGAGCGGCAAACCGAACGAUCUCUUCAGUUCAUGCAGGACGAUCAAGAACUUCAGUUUACGGAGGCGCUUAUCUUCGAGCGGCAGCAGGGGAUCAAAGACAUCGAGAAGAACGUCAACGAUGUCAAUGAAAUCUUUCGCGACCUUGCGAUUCUUGUUAGCGAUCAAGGUCACAUGCUUGACGACAUCGAGUCCGGCAUCGUCAACACGGCAGCCCAUGCUGAGAGCGCGUCUGAGGAGCUGAAGAAGGCGCAAGCCAACCAGAAGCGAGCCCGAAGAACGCUCUUCUGCCUCAUCACGGUUCUUGUGCUUGUCGGGGCGCUUGUCAUUCUCAUAGUCACCAAGACCAUCUGA